UGGGUUACUAAUCAGCAAUGGAGGAACAGUUUGUGACGAUUAUUUCACUGAUUACUCAGCUAAUGCUAUUUGUCGUAAAAUGGGAUACUUUGGUCAAAUGAGUUGGACAUUUGGUAAUAAGUGGGGCAUCCAGUCAAAUUAUGAUAUUACCCUGGACGACGUUUCAUGCAGCAGCGGUGAAUGGAGUUCGUGUACAUUUUCACUAUCGAACAAUUGUGAUCACAGUAAAGAUGUGUUUUUACAUUGUGAUGGAACUGAUUUUAGUCUGGUGGACUCUCAUGGUGAUACUAUCGGAGCUGGCAUUCUUGGGUUACUAAUCAGCAAUGGAGGAACAGUUUGUGACGAUUAUUUCACUGAUUACUCAGCUAAUGCUAUUUGUCGUAAAAUGGGAUACUUUGGUCAAAUGAGUUGGACAUUUGGUAAUAAGUGGGGCAUCCAGUCAAAUUAUGAUAUUACCCUGGACGACGUUUCAUGCAGCAGCGAUUUUAGUCUGGUGGACUCUCAUGGUGAUACUAUUGGAGCUGGCAUUCUUGGGUUACUAAUCAGCGAUGGAGGAACAGUUUGUCACGAUUAUUUCACUGAUUACUCAGCUGAUGCUAUUUGUCGUGAAAUGGGAUACUUUGGUCAAAUGAGUUGGACAUCUGAUUUUAGUCUGGUGGACUCUCAUGGUGAUACUAUUGGAGCUAACAUUCUUGGGUUACUAAUCAGCGAUGGAGGAACAGUUUGUGACGAUUAUUUCACUGGUUACUCAGCUGAUGCCAUUUGUCGUCAAAUGGGAUAUUUUGGUCAAGUGAGUUGGACAUCCGGUAAUAAGUGGGGCAUCCAGUCAAAUUAUGAUAUUACCCUGGACGACGUUUCAUGCAGCAGCGGUGAAUGGAGUUCGUGUACAUUUUCACUAUCGAACAAUUGUGGUCACAGUAAAGAUGUGUUUUUACAGUGUGAUGGAGAUUUUAGUCUGGUGGACUCUCAUGGUGAUACUAUUGGAGCUGGCAUUCUUGGGUUACUAAUCAGCAAUGGAGGAACAGUUUGUCACGAUUAUUUCACUGAUUACUCAGCUGAUGCUAUUUGUCGUGAAAUGGGAUACAUGGGUCAAAUGACUUGGACAUCCGGUAAUAAGUGGGGCAUCCAGUCAAAUUAUGAUAUUACCCUGGACGACGUUUCAUGCAGCAGCGGUGAAUGGAGUUCGUGUACAUUUUCAUUAUCGAACAAUUGUGAUCACAGUAAAGAUGUGUUUUUACAGUGUUAUCAAAUUGGUGAUCUGGUGGACUCUCAUGGUGAUACUAUUGGAGCUGGCAUUCUUGGGUUACUAAUCAGCGACGGAGGAACAGUUUGUGACGAUUAUUUCACUAAAGACUCAGCUGAUGCAAUUUGUCGUGAAAUGGGAUACUUUGGUCGAAUGAGUUGGACAUCCGGCAAUAAAUGGGGCAUCCAGUCAAAUUAUGAUAUUACCCUGGACGACGUUUCAUGCAGCAGCGGUGAAUGGAAUGUUGAAUCAGUUAACAUAGAAGUGAAGAAAGGCUCUCACGCAACGAUUUCGUGUAUCAUCACUGGCAUAACAGAAAUAGCAACAGUGACCUGGCGAACAAGUACAGGACCAGUUCCAGCUGAAAAGUUCACCCCUGUUCAAGGAAGUCACUCUGCAGGGACACAAACAUCAACUCUUGCCGUAGACGGAACUCUCGUAACCGAAGAUACUGCCUACACUUGCAGAGUCACUUCCGGAUCUUUACCUGAUUCCAACUUCUCUGAUACCUCUGUCAAUCUAAACGUUUAUGACGUUGAAUCAGUUUACACAGAAGUGAAGAAAGGCUCUUACGCAACGAUUUCGUGUAUCAUCACUGGCAUAACAGGAACAGCAGCAGUGACCUGGCGAACAAGUACAGGAUCUGUUCCAGCUGAAAAGUUCACCCAUGUCCAAGGAAGUUACUCUGCAGGGACACAGAAGUCAACUCUUGCCGUAGACGGAACUCUUGUCAACAAAGAUACUGCCUACACUUGCAGAGUCACUUCCGGAUCUUUACCUGAUUCCAUCUUCUCUGACACCACUGUCAAUCUAAACGUUUAUGACGUUGAAUCAGUUAACACAGAAGUGAAGAAAGGCUCUUAUACAACUAUUUCGUGUAUCAUCACUGGCAUAACAGAAACAGCAGUAGUGACCUGGCGAACAAGUACAGGACCUGUUCCAGGCGAUAAGCUCGUCCCUACCCAAGGAAGACACUCUGCAGGGACACAGACGUCAACUCUUGCCGUAGACGGAACUCUUGUCAACGAAGAUACUGCCUACACUUGCAGAGUCACUUCCGGAUCUUUACCUGAUUCCAACUUCUCUGAUACCACUGUCAAUCUAAACGUUUAUGACGUUGAAUCAGUUAACACAGAAGUGAAGAAAGGCUCUUACGCAAUGAUUUCGUGUAUCAUCACUGGCAUAACAGAAACAUCAGCAGUUACCUGGCGAACAAGUACAGGACCUGUUCCAGGCGAUAAGUUUACCCCUGUUCAAGGAAGUUACUCUGCAGGGACACAAACAUCAACUCUUGCCGUAGACGGAACUCUUGUCAACGAAGAUACUGCCUACACUUGCAGAGUCACUUCCGGAUCUUUACCUGAUUCCAACUUCUCUGAUACCACUGUCAAUCUAAACGUUUAUGACGUUGAAUCAGUUAACACAGAAGUGAAGAAAGGCUCUUACGCAACGAUUUCGUGUAUCAUCACUGGCAUAACAGAAACAGCAGCAGUGACCUGGCGAACAAGUACAGGACCUGUUCCAGCUGAAAAGUUCACCCCUGUCCAAGGAAGUUACUCUGCAGGGACACAGACGUCAACUCUUGCCAUACACGGAACUCUUGUCAACGAAGAUACUGCCUACACUUGCAGAGUCACUUCCGGAUCUUUACCUGAUUCCAACUUCUCUGAUACCACUGUCAAUCUUAAAGUUUAUGACGUUGAAUCAGUUAACACAGAAGUGAAGAAAGGCUCUUACGCAACGAUUUCGUGUAUCAUCAAUGGCAUAACAGAAACAGCAGCAGUGACCUGGCGAACAAGUACAGGACCUGUUCCAGCUGAAAAGUUCACCCCUGUCAAAGGAAGUUACUCUGCAGGGACACAGACGUCAACUCUUGCUGUAGACGGAACUCUUGUCAACGAAGAUACUGCCUACACUUGCAGAGUCACUUCCGGAUCUUUACCUGAUUCCAACUUCUCUGAUACCACUGUCAAUCUAAACGUUUAUGACGUUGAAUCAGUUAACACAGAAGUGAAGAUAGGCUUUUACGCAACGAUUUCGUGUAUCAUCACUGGCAUAACAGAAACAGCAACAGUUACCUGGCGAACAAGUACAGGACCUGUUCCAGGCGAUAAGCUCGUCCCUACCCAAGGAAGUUACUCUGAUGGGACACAGACAUCAACUCUUAAAGUAGACGGGACUCUUGUCAACGAAGAUACUGCCUACACUUGCAGAGUCACUUCCGGAUCUUUACCUGAUUCCAACUUCUCUGAUACCAUUGUCAAUCUAAACGUUUAUGACGUUGAAUCAGUUAACACAGAAGUGAAGAAAGGCUCUUACGCAAUGAUUUCGUGUAUCAUCACUGGCAUAACAGAAACAUCAGCAGUUACCUGGCGAACAAGUACAGGACCUGUUCAAGGCGAUAAGUUUACCCCUGUUCAAGGAAGUUACUCUGCAGGGACACAAACAUCAACUCUUGCUGUAGACGGAACUCUUGUCAACGAAGAUACUGCCUACACUUGCAGAGUCACUUCCGGAUCUUUACCUGAUUCCAACUUUUCUGAUACCACUGUCAAUCUAAACGUUUAUGACGUUGAAUCAGUUAACACAGAAGUGAAAAAAGGCUCUUACGCAACGAUUUCGUGUAUCAUCACUGGCAUAACAGGAACAGCAGCAGUGACCUGGCGAACAAGUACAGGACCUGUUCCAGGUGAUAAGCUUGUCCCUACCCAAGGAAGUUACUCUGAUGGGAGACAGACGUCAACUCUUGCCGUAGACGGGACUCUUGUCAACGAAGAUACUGCCUACACUUGCAGAGUCACUUCCGGAUCUUUACCUGAUUCCAACUUCUCUGAUACCACUGUCAAUCUAAACGUUUAUGACGUUGAAUCAGUCAACACAGAAGUGAAGGAAGGCUCUUACGCAACGAUUUCGUGUAUCAUCACUGGCAUAACAGAAACAGCAGCAGUGACCUGGCGAACAAGUACAGGACCUGUUCCAGCUGAAAAGCUCACCCCUGUCAAAGGAAGUUACUCUGCAGGGACACAGACGUCAACUCUUGCUGUAGACGGAACUCUUGUCAACGAAGAUACUGCCUACACUUGCAGAGUCACUUCAGGAUCUUUACCUGAUUCCAACUUCUCUGAUACCACUGUCAAUCUAAACGUUUAUGACGUUGAAUCAGUUAACACAGAAGUGAAGAAAGGCUCUUACGCAACGAUUUCGUGUAUCAUCACUGGCAUAACAGAAACAGCAGCAGUGACCUGGCGAACAAGUACAGGACCUGUUCCAGGCGAUAAGCUCGUCCCUACCCAAGGAAGUUACUCUGAUGGGAGACAGACAUCAACUCUUGCCGUAGACGGGACUCUUGUCAACGAAGAUACUGCCUACACUUGUAGAGUCACUUCCGGAUCUUUACCUGAUUCCAAUUUCUCUGAUACCACUGUCAAUCUAAACGUUUAUGACGUUGAAUCAGUCAACACAGAAGUGAAGAAAGGCUCUUACGCAACGAUUUCGUGUAUCAUCACUGGCAUAACAGAAACAGCAGCUGUGACCUGGCGAACAAGUACAGGACCUGUUUCAGCUGAAAAGUUCACCACUGUCCAAGGAAGUUACUCUGCAGAGACACAGACGUCAACUCUUGCCGUAGACGGAACUCUUGUCAACGAAGAUACUGCCUACACUUGCAGAGUCACUUCAGGAUCUUUACCUGAUUCCAACUUCUCUGAUACCACUGUCAAUCUAAACGUUUAUGACGUUGAAUUAGUCAACACAGAAGUGAAGAAAGGCUCUUACGCAACGAUUUCGUGUAUCAUCACUGGCAUAACAGAAACAGCAGCAGUGACCUGGCGAACAAAUACAGGACCUGUUCCAGGCGAUAAGCUCGUCCCUACCCAAGGAAGUUACUCUGAUGGGAGACAGACAUCAACUCUUGCCGUAGACGGGACUCUUGUCAACGAAGAUACUGCCUACACUUGUAGAGUCACUUCCGGAUCUUUACCUGAUUCCAACUUCUCUGAUACCACUGUCAAUCUAAACGUUUAUGACGUUGAAUCAGUCAACACAGAAGUGAAGAAAGGCUCUUACGCAACGAUUUCGUGUAUCAUCACUGGCAUAACAGAAACAGCAGCUGUGACCUGGCGAACAAGUACAGGACCUGUUUCAGCUGAAAAGUUCACCACUGUCCAAGGAAGUUACUCUGCAGAGACACAGACGUCAACUCUUGCCGUAGACGGAACUCUUGUCAACGAAGAUACUGCCUACACUUGCAGAGUCACUUCAGGAUCUUUACCUGAUUCCAACUUCUCUGAUACCACUGUCAAUCUAAACGUUUAUGACGUUGAAUCAGUUAACACAGAAGUGAAGAAAGGCUCUUACGCAACGAUUUCGUGUAUCAUCACUGGUAUAACAGAAACAGCAGCAGUGACCUGGCGAACAAGUACAGGACCAGUUCCAGCUGAAAAGUUCACCCCUGUUCAAGGAAGUCACUCUUCAGGGACACAAACAUCAACUCUUGCUGUAGACGGAACUCUUGUAAAUGAAGAUACUGCCUACACUUGCAGAGUAACUUCCGGAUCUUUACCUGAUUCCAACUUCUCUGAUACCACUGUUAAUCUAAACGUUUAUGACGUUGAAUCAGUUAUCACAGAAGUGAAGAAAGGUUCUUACGCAAUGAUUUCGUGUAUCAUCACUGGCAUAACAGAAACAGCAGCAGUUACCUGGCGAACUAGUACAGGACCUGUUUCAGCUGAAAAGUUCACCCCUGUUCAAGAAAGGCACUCUGCAGGGACACAGACGUCAACUCUUGCUAUAGACGGAACUCUUGUCAACGAAGAUACUGCUUACACUUGCAGAGUCACUUCCGGAUCUUUACCUGAUUCCAACUUCUCUGAUACCACUGUCAAUCUAAACGUUUAUGGUAUGUUCUUUAACGCUAACAAUAAUUUCCAAUCUCCAUAUUCUAAUUCAAUUCAGUUAACGGAAUUGUUUUGA